CUCAUUUUAGGUUGCAUUUCAUUCCGUUUUACUUACUUGUUUUAGUCGAAUAUUACAGAGUACCAGAAUUUGAUUGUCACUCUCCCUGUCUGGUUGCCGUCCGUGCCAGCACGUCCAACCCCUCUAGGUAGUUAAAUGGAUGGAGCCAGCGAAUGAGGAGACCGGUUCGGUGCCUCGGCCGCAGCCGUCAUCCUCUCCUCCCCAGUUUUCCACAUCCUCCCCCGCUGUCGAGAGAGAUACCAUUGUCGCUGCUGCGCUAUCCGACGGGGUUAGCGUGAGCAACGGUUCUGUCCUCCCACAGGCCCGUCAUGCCUCGUCCACUGAUCGUCCCGUCUCCGGUGUGAUUCCGCCGUACUGGAGCCACCACCGGAAUGCAUCCCGGACAUCUCAGAUCUCUUUGGAUCAGCCGGCCAUCACAUUAGAGGAUCACACUGAGGAUCCCAACUCGGAAACCAGCCGGGGUCUCUGGGCCAAGAGUGUCAUCGUUGAUGACUAUGCGGUUGUCCAAGGGAAGACUGGGGUAGGAGCAUAUGUGGUUUGGAAUUGCAGAAUACAAACCCUUGAUGGUGGUCCCAUAACUGUUCGCAUGAGAUACUCCGAAUUUGAUGACUUACGACGGCAAUUGCAAGCCUCGUUCCCACAUGCGAAGAACGCUUUACCAGCACUGCCUCCUAAAAGUGUGCUCUAUAAAUUUCGCCCUACAUUUCUUGAAUCCCGACGAGUCGGUCUGGAAUACUUCUUGAACUGCGUCCUACUCAAUCCUGAAUUCUCGGGUUCGCCCAUCGUCAAGGAGUUUCUCUUUGGUCGGAUGUGCUAGUACCAUCUUUCACUCGAUCGAUUGUCUUAUGUCGAAGUCAUCACCGCUUGUCUAUCACUAAACUUCCUAUUGCAUUGGGUUUAGAGGCAUUUAUGGUAAAAGUCGUCCGUCUUGAAAUACAUGAGCGAUGACUACAUCAUGAUACGGCCUCAUUCCAAGACUGCACUGGUGUCGGCUACCGGUACACAGUUUAGCAUGAUAUUCAAUAAAAAAGCCUACAUGUCACUGUCUGUCGUAGGUCAAGAUCCUACUUCCUACUCCUUUCCCUCGUGAGUAACCAUCAUAGCACGAGCGGCAUUCUGCUCCUCCUCGCGCGCCUUCUG